UUGCACAUUACAUUGAAUGCAUCGAAUGUAAAUACUGAUGUUGUAGUUAAUGCAAAAUGGCAGGUAGUGGUUAAUGCAAAAUGUCAAAGUGCCAACAUUCCAGGAGAAGUGAAUAAGACUGUGUCCUAAUCAUUAAAGAAGUUGAGAACUCAAUAGAACAAUUAAAGUUUGUGUUCUUAACCUAAAACCUAGUGUUUACAGUGGUUUGUUUAUUUGUUUAUAACAAAAGGAGUGAAGAGAAUCGGGGACAAGUGCAUUUUUAUGGUAUCAACUGAUAAAUUGUCUUCGAUACCAUCGCGGAUUGACUCCCUGUCAUUCGUGUCUGGUGCCAGACCCUCCGGGGAUAAUCAACUAUCGGAUAUUUGAUCUAGUUAGAAUUAUUUAUGUUAUUAUAAACGGAAGAGAUGGACCUUCUGUACACGAUCAACAGGAAGUCUUCGUCGAGGUUCUUCCCCUCGAAUGAAACAUUGCUGGAGGGUUACUGUCUAUGUUCCCUUUCCUCGAGAAAUAUCGCAGCUUUCACAACGACAGUUCUCUUCGAUGAUCCUGUUGGGAAAACCUGGGGCUCUCACGUCUACGUCUGCGACCUGAACAUGCCCUGGCAUCCCCACAGGGUCACGUCGAACCGAUCUUCUCCAAUAACAGCCCUGGAAUGGGAUCUACCUGGUGACAGACUGGUUGUUGCAGAUCGUUCAGGGACUGUUCAACUCUGGAUGUUCAAGGAGCACAUCCUCAAUGACUGGACUCUCCUGGGAUCCACGACUUUCCCUGGUGAGCACAUCCUGGGUGCUGCGUGGUUUCACAAUGGAAAGAAGACUGCCCUAGUCACUGACAAAAAGGACAGCAUUCAUUACUCCGAUAAAUUCACUAAUCUGCUGUUUGCACCAUCUGUCAGACAAUUCGGGGGAACAGCUGCUGAGGGAGUGCUAGUUGUGUCCUCCACGGGAAUGAUCGGUGCAAUUCUGAUUACCCGUGAUAUCACCUCGCCGAUCUGCAUAGCAACCGAGAGUCUCUCCUCAAUUCGUCAGAGAAUCUCCUCAGUCGACCUCUGCUAUGGGAAAAAUGGUCACUUCCUGGUUGCAGUGUCCAGUGGUACAACAGCCGCCCCCAUUCGUUGCUACCGAGUUCUAGUCACCAAAAAAGACGACAAAUGUUCCAUAAAAUCCCUCGCUCUGCCAAGUUUUUUCCUUCAGGAUGGGCAGCUCAGGGAGAACUGCACCGACAUAACACACCUGAAAUUCGUAGUUCGAGAGGAUGCAGAUUCCCUGGUGGUGGCAGCCUCCGGCGAGGGCGAGGGUUUCGUCGACGUGUGGGAACUCAGGGAAAAAACCCAACCGGUUCACAAGCUCUUCCAGCUCAAGUCCUCUGAUCCUUUCAAGACUGUUGUCUGGCAGCAUCAGUCGCAGUACAGAUGUUCUGCAGCUGUCACUGCCAUUGGCACGACUAAAGUCUCCCUAGUGACAACAUUACCACCUCCUAGCUUCGUCAUUGUAACGCUGGCGGACUCUUCGGUGCACUGUCUGAGUCGAGAGGGCCUCAAGGAGAUAAAUUCCUCAUCAUUAUCAAGAGGCUGGGGACACGAGCCUUCCGCUAAAUACUCCAAGAGAUCCGUCACAAUCUCCCACAUCGAUUUAUCAUGGCUGGGUUUUGUCAUGAUGGCUGUGGACACCCAGGGUAAUUUUUACGUCUAUAAAUUACUCCCUGAUGGUGGCACUCAGAUCACGCUCAACUACGCCUGCACGAUGCUGGAGUACUGUCUCGUAACCGGUCUAGAUUGGCUGGAUCUUCUAUUAUGCAUAAGAACAUCGAUGAUCGAGACACUGUGCGAGAGGCUCGAUGCAUCAUACAGCAGACAGAGUCUAGCAACUCAGCAGUAUCAUUAUAUUCAAUUUCUCUGCAUAAAAACCUCUCUGUACAGAAUGCUGGGCAAUGGACAGGGAAGAGCUGCAGAUCUCAGUGCUCUCCUCAUGAUUCACUCGGUUGCAACUGCCUUCAAAGGACUCCUCAGGCCCAGUGAUCUUAUCAGUCAUGAUAAAGGCCCUGCUGAGAGCCUCAGUGCUGCUAUCAAUGAUGUCAAUCUCAAUAUUACUGAUGUUGAUAAAGUAUUGCUUCAUCUUGAUCCCAAGGAGUUCACUGUGGAACCCAGCACUCUGCAGAGUCUUCAUCAGCUCAUCCAGUGGGUGGCUGAUCUCGCUCUCAAUCUACUGGCGAGACUCCCUGAGCAGAGGAUGCAGAUGAAACCUGGGGGGUAUGAACUCCUCAAGGAUCACAAGGCUCUCAAUAUCGUCAGAGAACUUCUCGUUAUCAUCAGGAUUUGGGGACUUCUCAGGCCGACAUGUCUUCCGGCUUUUCAGAGAACUGUCGACAGUGUUGAUGUACUCGCGCUUUUAUUUCGACUGCUCUCGAAGCUGGUGCAGGGAAAGGGCGAUGCAGGACAGCAAAUCGAUGAUGGAGUCAUUGAUGAUUGCUGCCUCUUGCCAAAUCAGAUAAUAAUUCCACAAUUGCAUCAGGCGAAUGGAUUCACAGCAGUGGCAACUCCUAUUCUUCACUGGCAAAAUCUUCCACAACAGUUUGAAUACGGAAUGAGUCCUGAUCAUUUGUUUUUUGUUCCUGAGUUGAAUCCCGUGGAGGGAUGCAUGCACUCAGGUCAAGUAGUCGAUAAAAUAAGGCACGUUUACUUGGGAAAAGAUCCAUCAGUAUUCAAACAAUGCACCAGAUGCGGAGGAAAAGCUCAAAUCCAAAAUAUGACGAGAACAGCAGCGAUAAGAGCCUGGGACCAACGAUGGACACGUACCUGCAGAUGCGGUGGCAUCUGGAGAAUCUCAAAAGCAAUUUCCUGAGAUAUCCCGAGACUC